GCCUGUUUGUUUUAACCACAUAUUACUUCCGUGUUGCUGUCAACUGGAGCAACGUUACCCCUCGUGUAGCGGUGGGUGUGUGUCAGCGCUGCUUCAGCGCAUAACUCGGCUGAGUGAAUGAUGGCGAGUGGAACUCGGGGCAAACGGCGUGGUGGCACGGGCAGGAGGAGGAGCAGCAACGGUGCCGGCAGGAAUGACAGUGGGAAUGGCAGAAGUAGUAAAGUAAUGGUGGGCUGUGGCACAGCCUUGUCUCUUCUAAUGGUGCUUCUGGCAUUUUGGUAUAGACAGCCCGUGGACCAAAGCCUACAGAGUCGACUUGAUAUAGUAUUGUCUUCUCUGCUGCGAGCAGAGAGCAAAGCUGGCUUGGACAGAUAUCACAGACCGCGAGUGGCAAUUGGUUUUGGGGGCUGUUUGGACAUUAUUGUGGAUGGUGUAACUUUAUUAAAUAAAGCUGGCAUUGAGCCUAGCAGCAGACCAUUUCAUCAUAACUACAUCAACUCUGAGCAACAACUUGCAGAAAGCUUUGCCUAUUUCUUCCCACCAGGAGCUGCAUCAGAACGAUUUGUUUCCAAUGAAACAUUAUUCAGAAAGUUGAUUGAAGUUUCAAGGACUAUGUCUGCAGCACGCUGGUCACUUGGUGGAAAUGCACCCAUGAUGGCAAACCGCCUAGCUAGGGAAGGAUGUGACGUGCUGCUUGGGAGCAGACUCAGUUCAGAACUUUUGGAUUUUCUGUCUGAACACAUAACAGUGGCUGGAAAACAAGUAGAAGAUGCAGACGUACACUUGAUUCUGGAAUAUUCAACUGGAGCCAAAUGGGGAAACUAUGUCUCUAGAAGAGCCAACAGGUACAUAGUUCACAGUGAUGAUCACAACCCCAUGAUGGAUUCACUAGAGGAGUUCAGUCUACACCUCCACGAUUUCAAGCCUAGCCUUCUGGUUGUUGGUGGUCUCCAGAUGAUGGACAACUUUCCUUUCCGAGAUGGCCAGCGUCUUGAAAGAUUAAAGGCACUUAAAAAUGUGAUGGUGUCACUUGACAGUAGCACUGGAGUUCACCUUGAAAUGGCCUCCUUUGUCGAUGAAGGCCUUAUGAAAGAACUCCUGACCUAUGUUGUUCCAUAUGCUGAUUCCCUGGGCAUGAAUGAACAAGAGCUACCCAAUCUUCUUAGCCUUGUAAAAGGGGGCAAUAUUACUGUGCUUUCUGAUCCAUAUCCACGGAUUGCAUCAAUACUUGAUCAAAUGCGGGAACUCUAUCUGUUAAUGAACUCCAUGGAACUCAGAACUGAUCAACGGAGACUCACUCGACUGCAUGUCCAUACCCUAGCCUUCCAAGCAAUUAUUGUCACAAAAGCAUCUGCAUGGAAAAACACUAUGUCUGCUACUGCCAAAGCAUCUUUGACUGCAUAUAGGUAUGUUUGUGGCUCUACAGAGAUUGACACCAGCAAAGCCAGACUUCUCAUGGAUGACUCAUUCUCCAUCAGCCGUGAAGAAGGCAGUCAGAGAAUCCCAUUUCAGGAGAGAAGGCCAGUUUCAUGCUGGGAGGAGCAUGACUAUGAAAUCUGUGUUGCACCAGUGUUAGUAUGUACUAAAGUGCAUCAGACUGCCGGAGGAGGAGAUAACGUUUCUGCUGCUGGCCUUGUGCUCCAGAUUUAACCUCAAACAUUUUCAUUCAGUUAGUGUACAUUACAAUUUGAAAAUUACUGGAUGCCUGCCUUGGCAUAUUAUGCUUCAGCCCAUAAGGGCUUUAUUACAACCUGUGAAUCAUUUUGAAAACUGUUAUAAAUUGAGCCCUUUUCUUUAUUCCACAAGGUCAUGGAUUUUAACUCAAUAGUAGACAUUACUUGGCUUGAUCGCCACAAGAAAAAGUUAAACUGCUGAGUGUUUUAUCCCAUAUUUUAAGAGCAUCAUGUCUAGUUUCUUUUAUCAUUCCAGAUUUUCUAAACAAGAAUUUUUUUUUUCUGAACACUGUUAAAAUGCUUGUUUUCUCUUUUCCAGUGAUGAAACCACCAUUCCCUCAGAUUGUUGUACUACUCAUGCCAUUAGAUUCAUGAACGAGGUAUAAGUGACAGGAAAUACAGCCAACACCAAAAGCAUAGAGGGAUAAACCCCUGACUAUGACCAAAGUGAUCAGAGUUUGACUAGUGACUUGAGUACUUGACCAUGUUAGCAGCGGCUCAUUCUGGGGGAGAGCGGAGGUGACAGACACACCACGCACGCACACACACACACACACACACACACACACACACACACACACACACACACACACACACACACACACUGCUAUCUAUCAGAGGAAAUGACACGGAGAGGUGGCAGGCAUUAAGUUCUCCAAGCCACUGAUGGGCAGUGGCCUUUGUGGUGAGUGUGCAGAUAUAACCGGAGAAUCUUUGGGGCCACUGUUGUGAUGCAGUUUGCAUAUGAGGGGUUUGGAAUUAAGCAGUCCAAAUGCUGUCAUUGCAAUGAUGCCUGUGAGAGCACAAAGCAUCCACAUGGUUACCUGAAUGAAGCCCCCCCCCCCGGCAUCCCACACCUCAGCUACCAGUGUAAUCCUUGGAGCAGAGAAACAAAUUGGCACUGUCGAGUCAGUGGAAGCUUCAUGGAUGGAAGGCACUGGAACAAAAAUAAAUAAAUGGUAGACAGUACCGAUUGGGAUGGAAGUUAAUUUCAGCUAUGUUUUACUUGAUUACAGACCACUCUAUUUAUAUAAGUUAGUCUACUAUUUAAUCUCAGGUUGGCAUUAAAAUGUGAAUUUUUAACUUUUUUUUUCAGGAGUAUAUCAAAAAAUCAAUAAGCCAGGAGAUAUUUUUGUUAUUGUUGAAGUACUGGAGUAAAAU